CAAACAGCAAACAAGCAAAUGAACACGUUCCAGAAAGGAAGGAAGGCAUGGAGAGCAGGCGACCGUGCGCUCGCGCAUAGCUUUUGGGCCACACCUCAAUACCUCACACUCCCUUUUUAAUUCUCUGUCUCAUUCUAUGUGUCUCUUUGUAUUUUUUUUAUGCUUUUUGCGUCUGUGUACAUCACAUACUGCAUGUACGUAGUAGUAGCUCCGUACUCAUUAGACG